GACCGACAUCUGAUAGAUAGAUAAUACGGAGCUCCCUUGAACCUUUGUCGUCGUUCCUUUCGUCUUGUUUUUUCCUUUUCUGCGUUUCCGGCCUCGAGUCCUCUGCGUUUCUAUCCUCGAGCCUCUGCGCUCAUUCACUCCACAAUGUCUGGAACCCGCCCCCUACUCUCAGAUCGCACCUCCUCCGAGCGCGACAUCGCGGAAGAGGACGCCCUCCUGACCGGCCAACCCACACAACGCCCCUCCUCAGGACCGCGAACAUGGACAUUCUGGCGCGAAAUCGGACUCUUCGUAUGGGCUGUCGUGGCCACGGCCCUCGUCAUCGUCCUCGCCGUCGUGUAUCAGAGAGGCCAGGACCCAAAGCACAGCAGUCCGCACCCGAGCGGGAAGCGCAACCUGAUCUUCAUGGUGUCGGACGGCAUGGGCCCGACGAGUCUGAGUCUCACGCGCAGCUUCAUGCAGUUCCAGAACGGCGCGCCGUAUAGCGAGCAGUUGGUCAUCGAUCAGCAUCUUAUCGGGCAGUCGCGUACGCGGUCGUCGUCUUCGCUGAUUACGGAUUCGGCGGCGGGCGCGACGGCGUUUUCGUGCGCGCUGAAGAGCUACAAUAGUGCUAUCUCGGUGACGCCGGAUCAUGAGCCGUGUGGUACUGUGCUCGAGGCGGCGAAGAAGGCGGGAUACAUGACGGGGCUGGUGGUUACGACGCGGAUCACGGAUGCGACGCCUGCGUGCUUUGCGGCGCACGUGAACAUGCGCAUGGAGGAGGAUCGCAUUGCGGAGCAGAUGGUGGGCGACUACCCGCUGGGACGCGUCGUGGACCUGAUGUUCGGCGGUGGACGAUGCCACUUCCUGCCCAACUCCUCCCUCAGCUCGUGUCGCGCCGAUGACAAGGAUGUCGUCGAGCUGGCCAAGAAGAACGGCUUCAACUACAUCUCGGACCGCGAGAGCUUCGACAACCUCAAGGGCGGCGAUGCCCUCGACUUCCCUAUGCUGGGCCUCUUCGCCGACACCGACAUCCCCUACGAACUCGACCGCCGCAAUGAAAACGAUAUCUACCCGUCUCUGCACGAGAUGGCUGAGGCUGCCAUGAAGGCCCUGAGCCACGCCACCAAAGACAGCGACAAGGGCUUCUUCCUCAUGAUCGAAGGCUCGCGCAUCGACCACGCAGGCCAUCACAACGACCCCGCCGCCCAAGUCCACGAAGUCCUCGCCUACGACAAAACCUUCACCAGCGUCCUCGACUUCCUGAAGAACGACAAGACCGAAGCCGUCAUGGUAUCUACCUCUGACCACGAAACCGGCGGUCUAGCAGCAGCUCGUCAACUCCACACCUCCUACCCAGAAUACCUCUGGCACCCCUCCCCCCUCGCAAACGCCACCCACUCCGCCGAGCGCCUACACCUCGAAUACACAAAAUACCUGCUCUCCUCGCCCUCGGACGCCCAGAAGACACAGUUCGUGCGCGCCUCCAUCGCCACGGGCCUGGGCAUCGCCGACGCAACAGACGAUGAAGUCGCGCUCCUCGUCGCAAACCCCACAACCGCGCUGUACUACUACGCCGACAUGAUGUCGCGCCGCUCACAGACGGGCUGGAGCACACACGGCCACUCGGCCGCUGAUGUGAAUAUCUACACGAGCGAUCCUGUGGCCGCGAAGGCGCUCGUGGGCAACCAUGAGAAUACCGAGGUGGGCGGCUUUUUGCGCGAUUAUCUCGGCGUCGACGUCGAGGCUGUGACCAAGGAGUUGAGGGAGAAGGGGAAGGGGUUGAUGGCGCUGGGUAAGGACGGGGAGGAGGUGAGUUGGAUGGGCGCGAUGCCUGAGAAGGGGCAGAGACUCGAUGGGCAGACGCAUUUGGCGAGCUACGAGGGGGAUUUCAAGAAGAGGGGUGCUGUGCAUGGGCGGGCGUGUGAUUGUGGGCAUUGAGUGUGUGUCUGUUUGGAGUUUUAUUCGGCGUUUUUAGAUCUGUCACGUCUAUGUAUUCUAUUGACUAUAUAUUGUAUCCUGAUUUAACAACCC